AUGAUUGUCCAUGACAAUGGUGUAUUUUCAAAUGUUGAAACAGCAACACAUGAGCUGGGCCAUGCACUUGGAGCACAUCACGAUGAUCGUUCUGAAUGUAGUGGCGAGAAAGGUCGUAUUAUGUGGCCUAGUUCAAGUUCAGGAAAAAAUGCUUCAGACUGGUCACACUGUUCAGCAAAUGAUUUUACUAAAUUUCUUUCUAAUAAUCCCGACUGUUUGUACAAUAAACCAACUCCAGGAAGACCAUUGCCAAGAUACCUUCCAGGACGUCAAAUGGAUGCAAAUCAGCAAUGUCAAAAACUUUAUGGACAUGAUGCUCGAACAAUUAAUGCAACAAUAUGUGAAUCACUGACCUGCAUUACGAAAAUCGAAAAAACAGACAGAGGUACACGAACAUCUUUCAUGACCGGAGGUUACGCAGCAGAAGGCACACCUUGCGGUGGUGGAAAAAUAUGUCUUCAUAAUCGAUGUAUUAACGCUAAUCUUUGA